CGGAUCCAGGAAGUGAGCGGGGCUCAGCGCUGCGGGUCCUUAUCUCGGCAGUGCACUGGCGGCCCCUGCUCCGGCCUGGUGACGUCACCGCCCGCUUAGCUGGGCCUAAAGUAGCUUAAGCCGGGGAAGCAGCCCAAAGGAUAGGCUGGUGUGCAGCCGCCUCCCUGGCAUGGAGCAGUGCCAGCUCCGGGGCACCUCCUGCCACCUGGAAGUGGACAUGGGAGAUGAAUGAGCACAGCUGUUUUGCAGAAAAUGCCAGAACGGUCAGAAGACCACAACCACUGGUGGGCGUUCUGAGUCCCGUCCUGUCCCGUCCUAAUCCAGCACGCAUCCGGAGAUGGCACAGAGCAGUCAUCAGCUUGACAUCCAGGUAUUAAAUGAUCUGCAGCAACGCUUCCCUGAGAUCCCACUUGACGUGGUAUCUCAUUGCAUGAUGCAGAACAAUGGCAAUAUUGAAGCUUGCCACAGAGUGCUGCGCCAAGAAAGCUGCAAGUACCUUUAUAUGGAGGGCCACAAUCCAGAGGACAGCAGAACCAACGGCAAUCUUUUGCACAUCAAUCUUGGCAUCCAUUCAGGCACAAAUUUCCAGGGAGGAGAUGGAACACAAGUGAAUGGACGUCCCCUGGUUCACAGUUCAAGUGACGGCCACAUUGACCCACAGCGUACUUCUGGCAAGUUUAUCUGUUUGGUUGAGCCCCAGUCGGCGCCAGCAAUUGUGGCACAGAAUUUCAACCCAUUUUUCUUGAAUGACCAGAGUCGAAACUCGCCGACUCCACCCCCACAGCCUCUUCAGCAGCAAGGUGUGAACACCUCAGCUAUGCAACCUUCGGUGCCAACAUAUAUGCACUUACCUCACUAUAGUCAAAAUCCAAUUACCGUAACAGUGUCGCAAAAUAUACCUUCUGCUCACAACGUGCCAAGAGCUUUACAAAUUGUUCCCCAAGUUCAAAGCAAUCCUUACGGGACUCCAAACUCCAUUUACAUAAGGCAGUCAUCACAAAAUUCUCCAGGCAGGCAAACCCCACAGAACUCACCUUGGACACAAUCUCCUCCAGUUCCUCUGCCUAGCUAUAGUCCUUGUCCUCUUCCUUUAUACUCGCAAGGUUAUCAACCUACACAAUAUUCUCCAAAGCAGACUCAGAUCCCACAGUCUGCUUUUUGUUCCCCUCCCACAUCUCAAUGCACAUCUCCUUACAGCUCUCCACAGCAUCACAGCCACCAGACUUCCCAUGUGUUUAUGCCACCUAGUCCAUCAACCGCUUCACCUCAUUCUUAUCAGCAAGCUCCACCUUCUUAUCCUAAACAAAGUAGCUUAUCCUAUCUUCCCUAUGGAUCUGGCAUGAAUAAGGCUCCUAUGAACAAGAUAGAAAUUACUGUGGAGUCACCGCAAAGACCAGGAACGGCGAUGAAUAGAAGUCCUUCACCAAUAAGUCAUCAGUCUUCCCAGAGGAGCCAACAGUCUGCAUAUGCCUCAAAUGCACGGCCAGGGUCUCCAUCAAGAGCUAUGCCUGGCCAGCCAAAGACUCCUUAUGGUGUUAACCCAUUGUAUAUUACAUACACACAACCACCUGCCACUUCUGGCUCUCCAACCCCUUCUCCUCGCGUCCUGAUGUCCCCAUCUAACCCGGCUUUUUUAAAAAUCACUGUUGCACGGGCUCCUACUGAAAAUCUUUUAAAUAUUGUGGACCAAGAGCAGCAUCCAGGGACUCCAGAACCUAUACAGCCCAUUUCUUUGAUGCCAAUUUCAGGUGUAGAAAAAGGUGUUCCCAAAUACCACAGAAGUUCAAGUUCUGGCUCAGAUGAUUACGCGUAUACACAAGCCUUAUUGCUACACCAGCGUGCAAGAAUGGAAAGACUUGCUAAGGAACUGAAACUUGAAAAACAGGGUCUGGAGAUGUUGAAGGCAGAAGUGAAUAGUAUGGAGCAUGAUCUGAUGCAAAGACGCCUGAGGAGAGUGAGCUGCACCACAUCGAUCCCAACUCCAGAAGAGAUGAACAGACUGAGGACCCUAAAUAGGCAGCUGCAGAUAAAUAUAGAUUGUACACUGAAAGAAAUCGACCUGCUUCAGUCAAGAGGCGUGGGGAAACUUGAUGCCAAGGCAAUGAGCAACUUCUAUGAUAACAUAGCUCCUGGUCCUGCUGUACCUUCCAACUCAAGUAAAAAAGAAUCUACUGAGUCUUCAUCCGGAGAACGAAAAGCCAGAAGAAUAAGUGUGACUUCAAAAUUAAAAGUUGAGCCACCUGAUAUUCCUAAUCCAAGUGCUGUGGACAUUGCUAAUCGAAACAGGCCCAGUCAGAGACCAGCAAGAGAUGAAGAUUUUGAAGGGUCUCCAUGGAACUGCAAUAGCUGUACUUUUCUCAAUCACCCGGCACUAAAUCGCUGUGAGCAGUGUGAGAUGCCUCGGUUCACCUGAGCUCUCCGCCUACUGCUUCACUUUGCUUGAAGUUUUUUUUUUUUUGUAAAGAUACUACUAUCUAGCAUGCACGAGAAAGUAAAGGGACCUUUCUCUAAUUAAUUUAAUCCACAAGCUGAGCCCAACUCCAGUGCUGCAGUUAGAGACACAUUGGUCACACGUUAUGAGUGAGCAGGACUGUUUUGCUGGUGAUCCACCAAAACCCUCUCUGCAGUUUCGUGGAUGAUGGAGGUUUCAAAAUGCUGGUCAUUUGGUUUCUACUCCAAGACGAGAUGUUGUGGAGGGGCACUUGAGGAUGUAGUUUUGUAGACCAAUUAAUUGGAUUUGAGUUGGAAGACAGAAUACACACAAAAAAAAAAAUUGCGCUUCCCAGAAGUAUCCUACUGAAAGAAGACUUUGGCAGGGAGCAGGUGUUGUAGUAUAAAAUAUCUUAUAAAGCAUACUUACAGAGACGUAAUUGCUGCUUUUUUUCAGGGUAAUUAAGUCCAUACAAAAUGAAAAAUGCUGUUCUAAAAUGUUGCUGGUGAUGAGAAAGCAAGGUUUUAGCCCUCUCUUUUAGAGCACAUUAUCUGAUGUGAUAAUGCAGUCCCUUUUUUUAGUUUUUGUUGUGUCCCGCAGGCUGUAUCAUUAAACUACUGGUUAUGUUCACAAUUUUAAUAUAUAAAAAGCUAAAGAUGGAAAUAUUACUGCAUGUGUUAAGUCUGUAUUCCUGUUCAAGUGAUUCCUCCAAAGCUGUUAGGCACAUUAAGUGUGACCAUCUUGUAUGAUUAUUCGCGGCACUUCUGCCAAGCGCUGAUUUAAGUUCUCGGAAAUGUAUACACUAAUAUAUAUCUAUAUGUUGUAUAUUUAUCAGCAGUCAAGAUCAAGAAGUCAAUCGUCCAACUAAUCCUAAUGUAUACUACAGCAUUAUUUUAUCUAUUCACUGGAUUGUGAUAUUUCGCAAAAAAGUGGACACGUCCAGACCCUAUGGUGUUAAGUGUGUGUAUGGAUGCACACAUUCUUGGUUUCCUCCAUUGUCUUUCCCUUCUUCACCCUAACCUGCUGUUGAGCUUCCCUUUUUGUGAAAACUGCUUGAUGUUUACAGCAAAGAAGGUACUUUGUGCCCUCGAUGGACCCACUUGACUUUAAUUAAAAUAAAAUGCCAGAGUCAAUAUAGCUGUAUUAUUUGCACAUUGUUAAUGAGCCUACUCAUACAAGUGAAGGCAGAUUUAGAAAUGUUGUGCACUGCAUACUUUUUUUUAUGAAGGUAAUAUUUUUAAUGUUUUUUUUUUUUUCUUAGAACAAAAUACAUGAUAAAUUAAAGAAAUAUAUAUGGUUGAAAGAUUCAUACUGGUACUUUAAUGCAUCUAAAUUCCUGUAUUGUCAAGGUGAUUGGUUUGCAUCAUGCAAGUGGCUGAAAAAAAAUAAAGCACCCAAUUCUUUUGUGAAAUGAAAAAA